CGUCACCGCUCCUUCCUUGGUCCUCGGUGGGGAAAACGUGGACGACUUUAUUUUCAACUGUGCUGUGGAUUUCACGUCGAAAUAACCCCCAGUUCAUAAAGGUCCGCUGACAUACACUGACCUGUCAAGUUGACGAUGGAGUACAUUCAAGCUCCUACCACAACCAUCCAGGGGAAUAUCCUGUGUUGUACCUGUGGUGUCCCCAUUCCUCCCAACCCAGCCAACAUGUGUGUGGCCUGCCUGCGUACUCAGGUGGAUAUCUCAGAGGGGAUCCCCAAGCAAGUCACAGUGAACUUCUGCAAGCAGUGUGAAAGGUACUUGCAGCCUCCAGCCACCUGGAUGAAAUGUGCUCUGGAGUCCAGGGAGCUGCUGGCUCUUUGCCUGAAAAAAAUUAAGAGCUCUAUGACCAAAGUGCGUCUCAUUGACGCUGGCUUCCUGUGGACAGAGCCCCACUCCAAAAGGAUUAAGCUGAAAGUGACCAUCCAGAAAGAGGUGAUGAAUGGCGCUAUCCUACAGCAGGUGUUUGUGGUCGAGUUUGUCAUCCAGUACCAGAUGUGUGACGACUGCCACCGUGUGGAAGCCAAGGACUUCUGGAAGGCUGUGGUUCAAGUUAGGCAGAAGACUGUUCAUAAAAAGACAUUCUACUAUCUAGAGCAGCUGAUCCUCAAGCACAAACUCCACAAGAAUGCCCUCAACAUCAAAGAAGUCAAUGAUGGGAUUGAUUUCUACUAUAGCACCAGGCAGCACGCUCAGAAGAUGGUGGACUUCCUCCAGUGCACCGUGCCCUGCAGGUCAAAGACAUCCCUGCGCCUCAUCUCUCACGACAUCCAUUCAAACACGUUCAACUAUAAGAGCACCUACUCCAUGGAGAUCGUACCUGUCUGCAAGGACAACGUAGUGUGCCUUUCACCGCAGCUGGCGCAGAGCCUGGGGAACAUGGGUCAAGUCUGUGUGUGCGCCCGGGUCACCAGCACCAUCCACCUCAUCGAUCCCAACACCCUGCAGAUUGCCGAGGUGGACGGGAACACAUACUGGCGAAACCCCUUCUACAGUCUCGUUAACCGGCGGCAGCUGGAGGAGUUCAUCGUUAUGGACACCGACAUCAUCCGAAACCAGAAGCUGGGUGCUGGAGCGGGCGUGAGGUCCAAUAAGCACACCCUGGCUGAGGUGUGGGUGCAGAAAACAUCAGAGAUGGACACCAGUCAGCAGUAUCACUGCCGUACAUUCCUGGGCCACCUGCUCAACAUCGGAGACCUGGUGCUGGGAUUUGACUUUGCCAAUUCCAACGUCAAUGAUGAAUACUUGAAUAAGAUGAACCCAAACCACGUUCCUGAUGUGGUCCUGAUCAAGAAGAGCUACGACCGCAGCAGGAGGGUGAGGCGCAGGAACUGGAAACUGCAUGAGAUGGUGAGAGACCGGGAAGACAACGACACAGAUGAUGAGAGACAAUACCAGGACUUCCUGGAGGACCUGGAGGAGGAUGAGGCUCUGAGGAAGAAUGUUAACAUCUACAGAGAUGCGUCCAAGAUGCCAGCGGCGAGCGACACUGAGGAUGACGGAGCACCAUGUGUGUCCCUGGUGGAGAUGCUGGAGGAGCUCAGCCUGACAGAUGCAACAGGAGAAGAGGGUGCCGACAUGAUGACGGAGUAACCGGUUCCCAUCCUUCCUGUGUGACACUGACGGCUGAUCUGUCAAAUACAGUGAUACAAUUACACACAGAACUGAGAGCAGAUUGAGGACUGAGUGCACCACUGAAUAAUAAUGUGUCAUCAGACUGUAAUGUAAUGACAGUUAACAUGGUGGGUUAUAAUGGUGCCACCUGAUAACCAAUGUGCUUCUAAAGUGCUCUCUUUGUCAUUUAACAUUUUGAAGUGAUGUGGAAAUUGAGUGCUUCUAGUUCACUAUAUCAAAAUGAAUUUGUCCUAAUCCACACUUUUCAUGAAUAUUUUUUGGGGGGGAUUUAAAAGACAUUAGAUGGGUCCCUUAUCCAUACUACAUAUGAAUUAUAUGCAGUAACUUAUUGUCAGAGAAAUUUGUGAUGUCAGAUAACCUGCAAUUUAUGAAAGCUGCUUCCAAUUAAACUUAACAAAAAAAAAAUCUAAGAUUGAAUACUUAUUUUUGCUGUUUUGCCACCGUCCACAUUUAAUUUACCAGCUUUGAGCAACUCCUCCUUUGUGCACUGAGAGAAGAUAGUUUGCAUCAACGGCACACUCAGAAAUCAAUGCAUACAUAAUUAUUUUGUUACUUAUUUAACACCUGUGUAGACUCGGGUAGUAUGGAAUUGAGACCAGUGAUUUUCAUUGUCAAGUUCUCUGCUGUGUGUAUCCACCAGAGGGAGCUUUGGGCCACUAACAAAAGAGAAGAAAUGCUUCUGAAGAGGUUGUGUUGGUAAAUGGUGUGUCUUAUUGCCACCAUGGAUAUUAUUCAAAAUACUCACCCAGCUUCACCACCUUUUCAGCCAGAGAGACUGCCGUCUGUGCUCUGAUAUGGGCUGCAGCUGGAGAUGCAAAUUAGAAAAUCGAGGCUGCUCUGAGUAAGAAGUGUCCUCACCUGUUUAUGGCUCGUGUGUAAACAGUUGUGUACUGCAAGCUGUCACAUUUUAAUGUACACCAAAGGUACUCGCAGACACGCAUCUGAACUUCAUCAGUGCUAGAUUCCACUCUAUAUUUUGGACACUUUACACCCAGAAACAUUCUCACAAUGAAGCUGUCAAAUGAGGGGCUUUUGAACAAGUAACAUUGAUUUAUGCUAAUGAGUAAAGAAAUGGCUAAACACUUUAAAAUGAUGUGCAGAUUUUAAAUGGUCUGAUAUGUAACAUUACCACCUCGUAUUUCAUGCUCUUGUACGGAUUAAACGGAACA